UUUCCAUCACUGCUGCUGAGCUGAAUUGUUUUCUUUGGAAUAUUGAUAGUCUGGUUACCACAAACAGCUGAAACAAUUCAGAGAAUAAAAAGAAAAUUGCACCUCGUGAACAAUAAUGUCGCUCCGAACACCACUGAUAAAAUGUUCAAAGUUUAAAAGAUUUCAUGAUCAUUACAAAAUGACAUGCUUAUUACAAAAUUUAGCUUGCAUGUUCUUUCAAGAGAAGAUGACGUCAUGGACCAGUUGCUAUUUCGACAAAACGAAAUUGUAAGGUUUUACCUAAAACAAGCUACACAAAGCAGUUACUCUUCUCGCCCUUCUUCAUCAAACAUAGAGGGUUUACAACUAGAUGAUGCCGAACAUCUUCCUGAAAAGCUUCCAAAACGGGUGCGCUGUGUUAUCUGCCAUGAUAGAAACCGCUGGAGGCAAGAGUACAAGAAAAUUCUCUGCAUAGAAAAACCUGUUUUACCAACUUUCGUUUAUAAGUUGCCACUGUGCCGAUUUUUGAGCAAACUCCUGUAAUUCCUGUAAAACGCCAUUUAAUUUAUUUUU